UAACUAAUAUCUUUGCUCAUGAAGGCUCAAAAUAAGCAAAUGAAAAGAGCUAUUUGUAUUUCUCAGAGCUGAAUAUCAUGUUCUAAAUUUUCUUUUUUCUGUUUCUGUUUAAAAGUUUCAGGCUGAUUACAAUAAUACAUUUCCCUUCAGGUAUUAAUUGAUUUGAAUGGAAUUGAGUUGAAUUUAACUCUGAUAUAAACCCCCAACUUCCAGUUCAGUUAUGCAACUAUUUCUCUCAUCAGUUGCCAAAGUUAUGAUUGUAUUUCUGUUAUAAUCCAGUGACUGGAAUGGAAUAGGAAAGCAGGAUUCUUAGUUAGAUGUUUCUGUGGCGACUGAUUGUUUUACGCCAGAUUAAUUGAUAACUGUGAUUAGAGCGUCAGAGCGAGUGUGCAUGGCUAUUUGUCUCUGCUGUGUGGCGCAGUGAUGGACUGGUCAUCCGUCCAGGGUGAGCCAUGCCACUCGCUCAAACACACCUGGCACAGGCUCCAGUCCCGCUUCACUCCGUUGCAGUGAAACAGCGAUGGGCAGGGAACGAUUUUUAUUCACUAAUGUUUGGUUUUCUCCACUGUCAUAUUGUUUUUCUUGUUCGCUGAUUCUUGGGGGAAAAGUUCUACAAGGACUGCCGCAGCCGCCGACGAUAACUCACCAGUCCCCCAAGGAUUACAUCAUUGACCCACGGGAGGAUAUUGUAAUUCACUGUGACGCAAAGGGGAAGCCACAUCCCAGCUUCUCUUGGACAAGAAAUGGGACCCACUUAGACAUCGAUGAGGACCCUAACGUGACCUUCAGGCCCCGCUCAGGAACUCUGGUGGUGGACAUCACCAGGGAGAGGGUGGAGAACUAUGAGGGGGUGUAUCAGUGCACAGCCAGAAACAAACAUGGAACUGCUGUUUCCAACAAUAUAGUCGUACGGCAGCCCAGAUCUCCCUUGUGGUCCAAGGAGAAAAUCAAGCCGAUCGUGGUUCAGGAAGGCGUUUCUUUGGUGCUGCCGUGUCGACCCCCAGCAGGCCUACCUCCUCCCGUCAUAUUCUGGAUGGACAACAACUUUGAGAGGGUGCCUCAGAGCAUGAGAGUGUCCCAGUCCCUGAAUGGCGACCUUUACUUCUCCAAUGUGCGCCGAGAGGACUCCAGGAAUGACUACAUCUGCUACGCCCGCUUCCCGUACACGCAAACCAUCCAGCAGAAACAACCCAUCACUGUCAGGGUCCUCAACCUGGAUGCAAUCAAUGAGACACUGGCAGCUUUUUACAAUGACACUGAUUUAUUUAGUGAGGCCCCAGCCGAUGAGAGAAAGCCAACCUUCUUCAUCCCUUCUGACUCCCAAACCUCCAAGAUGGUGUUGAAGGGACAAGUGCUGCAGAUGGAGUGCAUCGCCGAAGGACUUCCCACCCCUGAAAUUUCCUGGACCAAAGUUAGUGGCGAUUUCCCGGCCAAGCGCACGUUCUUCCUGCACCACAAGAAGACGCUGCGGAUUGUGAACGUGUCAGAAUCGGAUGCGGGAGAUUACCGCUGCACAGCCAUCAACCAGCUCGGCUCCGUGCACCACACCAUCCACGUCACAGUCAAAGCUGCUCCUUACUGGAUCAGUAGUCCUCCCAGAAACCUGGUUCUAGCUCCGGGAGAGAGCGGCGUGCUGACCUGCAGGGCCAGCGGUAUACCCAAACCCGCCAUCAGAUGGGCUAUGAACGGCUUAGCUAUAGAGAAUUCCCCCACAGACGUGAGCAGAAAGGUGGAGGACGACACCAUCAUCUUCACCGAUGUACAGAUCGGAGCCAGCGCUGUGUACCAGUGUAACAUCUCCAACGAGUAUGGUUACCUCCUGUCCAACGCCUUCGUCAAUGUCCUCUCGGAGCCGCCCAGAGUGCUGACACCAGCCAACAAAGUGUACCAGGUCAUCAAAAACCACCAGGCCCUGUUGGACUGCUCCUCCUUCGGAUCGCCCAUCCCCAAAAUUACCUGGUUCAAAGAUAGUCGGUCCAGCACCCUGGACGGAGACCCCUACAUCCUUCAUGACAACGGCACUUUGGAGAUACGCAUAGCUCAAGACCGAAACAGCGGCAAAUACACCUGCGCUGCCAGAAACAUGCUCGGCAUCGAUGAGAAUCACGUUUACCUGGAGGUCAAAGAACCCACUCGGAUCCUGAGGCAGCCGGAGUACAAGGUGGUCCAGAGGGGCAGGUCUGUGGUGUUUGAGUGCAAAGUAAAACACGACCCGUCGCUCAUCCCAACCAUGACGUGGCUAAAGGAUGACGGAGAGCUGCCUGAUGAUGAGCGAUUAGUCGUCGACUCGGACAGCCUCACCAUCACUGACGUGACGGAGAACGACGCCGGGGUGUACACGUGCAUCAUGAACACCACCCUGGACCACGACUCAGCCAGCGCUGAGCUCACUGUUGUCGAGGGGACGCCAGCCCCAGCUGUUGUCUACGAGCGACCCGACCCCCCAACUGACCUGGAGCUGACGGACCAGAAAAAGAGGAGCGUUCAGCUCACUUGGACCCCUGGGGAUGAACAUAACAGUCCCAUUCAGAAGUUUCUGAUCCAGUAUGAAGAUUCGCUGCACCAUCGAGGUCACUGGCACAACCUCACAGAGGUCCCGGGAACCAAGACGACAGCUCACCUCAAACUGUCCCCCUUUGUUCACUACACGUUCAGAGUUCUGGCCCUCAACGCUGUGGGUCUGAGUCGGCCCAGCUUCCCCUCCCGGCUGUACAAGACCGACGCUUCAGCUCCAGAUGAGAACCCAGCAGAUGUACGGGGACUUGGAACUGAACACAACAAUCUCGUAAUCUCCUGGAAGCCUCUGUCAGGCCUCCAGUCCAACGGUCCAGGGCUUCACUAUAAAGUGAUGUGGAGGCAGAAGAGACCGGGCAGCGAGUGGACCUCGGUGACUGUGGCCAACAACUCCAAGUUUGUUGUGUCUGGAACGCCCACAUUCGUGCCGUACGAGCUGAAAGUUCAGGCUGCAAACGAGCAUGGAGACGGGCCGGAGCCGGCUGUGGCCCUCGGCUACUCCGGAGAGGACUUGCCAAUAGGAGCUCCGGAAAACGUGCAGCCUGUAGUUCUAAACAGCACUCUGGCCGAGGUGCACUGGGAUCCUGUUCCCCCUCAUUUAAUACGAGGAUAUCUCAAAGGGUAUAAGGUGUACUACUGGAAAAAGCACAGCCUCCACAAACACAACCCUGAACACAUGGAGAAGGACAUCCUCACCUUGAGCGGGAACCACAGCCACGCCAUGCUGCCCGGCCUGCACCCGUUCAGCCUCUACUCCUUCAACGUGAGGGUCUACAACGGGAAAGGAGAGGGCCCACAGAGCCCAGACCAGCAGUUUAAAACACCCGAGGGAGUGCCAGGGCCCCCUACCUCCUUGGUUGUCAAUAACCCAAACCAGGACUCUCUCACCCUUGAAUGGAGUCCUCCUCAUAAUCGCAACGGACACAUCACUGGCUACACGCUCAAGUAUCAGCCAGUCAAUAACUCCAAUGAACUGGGCCCAGUGGAGGUGCUGGCCCUGCCUGCCAAUGAGACCUCAGUCACUUUGCCAAACCUCAAGUACAGCACACGCUACAAGUUUUAUUUGAAUGCGAAAACAUUCACUGGAGAGGGCCCAGCCAUUACUCAGGAAGCCAUCACCACCACGGAUGAAGGAAAAAGCCAAACCUCUCUUCCCAUUGCAUGGUCUCCUCCACGCCGUCCACCCCCCAAGGCGCGGCCCGCGAGUCCUUUCACAAACAUUAGCUCCUCGGUUGGAGAAGACGGGGCCCUGAUCAGUUGGGAGUACUGGGGCCCGGAGAAAAACAUUUAUGUAGAGUACAUAGUAAACGACAGUGAAGGUGAAGAGGAGUGGCAGAAAGAGCAUGUGAAUGGCUCUCAGAACGUAAAGCUGAAAGGCUUAAAGGUCGGCCUCUCCUAUAGGGUGCGCGUGGUGGUCAAGGGUCACCAGGACCAGCCGCUGCACAGCUCUGAGGAGCUGCUGGUCACGGUCCCAGCUGUGGCGAGCAGACAGGUGGACAUCGCCACGCAGGGAUGGUUCAUUGGCCUCAUGUGCGCCAUUGCCCUGCUCAUCCUGAUCCUUCUCAUUAUCUGCUUCAUUCAGAGAAACAAAGGAGGGAAAUACCCUGUCAAAGAGAAGGAGGAUGCACACACGGACCCAGAGUUCCAGCCCAUGAAAGACGACGACUGUGCAUUCGGGGAAUACAGUGACAAUGAGGACCACAAACCAUUAAAAGGGAGCCGCACGCCAUCUAACGGGACAGUUAAGAGAGACGACAGUGACGACAGUUUAGUUGACUACGGGGAAGGAGGAGACGGACAGUUCAACGAAGAUGGCUCCUUUAUCGGCCAGUAUAGUGGAAAGAGCGUCAGCAGGGACACUGCUGAGGGCCACGAGAGCUCAGAGGCCCCGUCCCCGAUAACUGCUAUUAACUCCUUGAACUCUUUUGUGUAGCUAAUCAGUCCAACACAGACUGCCUGUUUCCCGUCAAUCCCAACAUCUCUUUUAGAAGGCUUUCCCCAACAAUGCAUGGCUUCAUGAUCGUGCAUCCAGAUCCAGAUCGAUACAUAACUCGAAAAAACAUAAAAAAGACUCAUGAAAGACACUCAUGCUCUCACGUAGACACCCCUGAAGAGAAUGGAGGAGAAGAACUUUGAAGGAUGUAGGGACGAAGCAGCUCAACUAUAACUUUGAUAUUAACAAUACAUGAAAUAUAUGACCUAAAUUACCUAAAUGCAUAUAUUAAUGUUUUGAUAUUAACUAAAGUUGCAGGAGUCUCACAUCAAGAAUGCAGUGGUUUUCUGGACUUUAUAUGUUUAUGUUAUUGAUUAUUAUAUUAUUUGCUAUGUUGAUAUCGUGUUCAGCUUCUACAAUACAUACUUAUUACUCAAUGUAUUUUUCCAAUGCAGAAUGUUACACCAGAAGUUGUAGUAGUAUAAUUUUCUUUUAAAGAAUUGAUUACAUUCAAGCCAUUUUGUAGCAAUACCACUUCUGACCACAUGGUGGUAGUAUGUAACGAAAACGUUAAGUCAACCCCUGCUGUAAAACACAAUGAAUGAAGUACACCUCUACUGGGACAAAGAAGUGUUAUAUUAAAUCUGCCAGACUGUCCCAAAUCAUUAAUACAAUUUUGUCCGUCGCUCUUUUGUCAACACAGCAAAUUUAUAUGCUCCAUGUGGCCAGAAGUGGUAUUGCUACAUAGGGUGGCUUUAAAGUAAUCCCAUGAUGCAUAUACAGUUCAUAAGGUGGGAUUUGUACAUAUACAACUGGUUCUUGGGCAGAGUGUUGUUAUGCUGACAUGUCCUCAUUCUCACCACUGUGUUAGAGUGUACCUGUGCAGGUGGAAACUGAAAUGCUGCAUGGCAUGUCAUGUGACCUCGUGGCUUUUCCCUGCACGUUUUUCUUCUUUUUUUUGGGAGGGGCGGGGGUGAUGUGAAAGCUGGAGAGGAAUGCUAAGGGUGUGAUAGCUUGCUUCAGAAUCUGCAUUGGUUUUUCACUAGGUGCACCAGUGCCUUUUCCUCAAACUAGUGAUUCCGGGUUGGAGUUCAGUAACUAAAGAUAAAAGUCAAAACGGAGAUGUCACAUCGAAGGAUGGAUAAAAGAAGACUGAUGGCACGACUCAUACAGCACACACGCAUUUACACACAUACACACACACACACACACCCAGGUCUGGCUCUGACUCGUCCAGAAAGUUACCCACACCCACAAUGGCUCACAUCAAAACAUCGUUAAGAAGAAUUCUGGACUUCUGGUAAAGUCAGCAGCUCCUGACCUGAGAGUAUUUCUGCAACGUGUUAAUGCAUUGCAAUCUGUGUGUGUGAGUGUGCGUGCGUGUGUGUGCAUGUGUGCACGUGUGUGGACCCCUGUACAUUAUUUCAAAGUUGUUCAUAUGUACUAACUACACUUUAGAGCCUUUGAAUGGGAUCAAGAUUUUUUUUCUCUUAACUUGCAUCAAGUUUUUUUUAAGACAUGUAAAAUAUGUGUUAAAUUUGUAAAUACCUUAAUUGAUUGUACAGGGACAAGCUGCGUAUAUAAUAGCAACCUGGAGGUGGCAUUUUUGUGCAUGGUAUGACUUGUUUAUAGGUCUGUAUUGUAUUGUUAAAAAAAAAAAAAGACAGACAGAAAAAUAACUGAACUGAAAAUUGCAUAUAAAAUCUGAUGAUUUUCUGAUUUACAUACAUUUAUCAUUCUCCAAAAAAGUCACAAUACACAGGCUUACAUUCUGUUUUUUGUUGGUUCUUCCUUCCUCCAAUAUCCCACAAAGAUGAUGCUCUUUUCUGACAGUAUUGCAGAUGGUUUUGUAUUUAAGAAACAGAUUUGUACUAACAGAUACUUCCUUUGUGUCUAUUUAAGUUGUUAUUCCAUUUAGCACAAGUAUGAAAUUCAGGCUACAGGAAAUAUAAUGGAUGAAUAAAUAAAUAUCUGCUUUAA